AUGGCACAGAUGGUGACAUCAGGCGUCUCCCCAGAGGGGCCUCGUCCCUCCUACAUGUACAAAGUGGUCCUGCUGGGCAGCAUGUCCGUGGGCAAGUCAAGCCUGGCCUACAGAUACGUGAGAAACGACUUCAGGGAGCUGCUGCCAACCGUGGGGUGCUCCUUCUUCACACAGGCACUCGACCUGGAUGAGGCCACGGUCAAGUUUGAGAUCUGGGACACAGCAGGCCAGGAGAAGUACCACAGUGUCUGUCACCUCUACUACCGGGAUGCCCAAGCUGCCCUCAUCGUUUAUGACAUUGCUAACAAGCAAACAUUCAGCAGAGCAAAGUUGUGGCUGGAGGAGCUGGAGAAGAGAUUCCUCCCUGAUGAAAUUGUGAUUGCUCUAGUGGGCAACAAGACAGACCUUGCUGCUGAGCGAGAGGUCACCACUGAGGAAGCAGAAGAGUUUGCACAAACAAAAGGCCUCCUGUUCAUGGAGACAUCUGCAAAAUCCAACUAUCAAGUAAAUGACGUCUUCAUGGCUGUAGUCCAAGAGCUCCUGAGGAGGGAAAAAGAGAAGGUAUCCAAGCCAUCCCCGCAUGGGAGGUCAACUGUGGACCUGAGGGUGAGCAGGACGAGGCUGAGGUGCUGCUGGAGCUGA